ACAGCAUCCAGCCCUUUGGAGCCCUAACCACAAAUGCUGUCAUACUUUUCCCGGGAUGACUGGUGGAAGUCCUCCCCACAAAGUUUAUAAACACUCCAAGUAAUCCCCUUAAGUAUGUUAAAAGACUACAGUAAGAUCUGAAUGUUAUGCUAAGCUGAGGCUUAUUCACAACAGGUAAAAUACAAAACACUGAUGCUGACUUCACAGCGCAAGCAUAGCUAGGCCAUCUGAGAAACAAUGUAGUAUCCCUUGCAGUAUAUCUUCUAUAUUCAUAAUAAUUUCAAACUGGUUCCUAGGUGUCUGGUUACUCCUUAACAUUUUAUGUUUUUCCUGGUUGUUAAUCAGUUUCUUAAGAUGUUCCAAACCAGAUAACCCCUUGUCACUGAAAAAGGACAAAUUGAAACUGUUUAUGUAACAGGAUUUUUCCUGUCAAUUAUGGCUUGGAACCCUCUUGAUUUACACAACUAAAAGAAUGCUUUGAAGAGGCUGGAGGGUAUAAGAAAGCUGUAAAGCAGUAAGCAGAGUGCUUCAAGAGAGAAAAAUCUCUCUAACACCAUCUGCUGCUGUUCUUGAGAAGCUGGGAGAAACAGAUCGUCUCUUUCGGUUGCCUGUUUAACCUUCAAGGAUCGUGCUAGGAACUUUGCUUGUCAACAAAUCACCCGAAUGCCUUGGAAUGUUGCUUGUGUGUUCUGGUACGACCAUGUGAAAGGAUGGUGGGAGAAGAGGCAGGACCACCCCAUUCUCUACUUGUUCUAUGAGGCCAUGAAAGAGGACCCAAAGCAUGAAAUUUGGAAGGUGAUGCAGUUCCUGGGGAAGGACCUGACGGAGGAGGUUCUGGAUAGGAUUCUGUAUCACAUGUCAUUUGAUAUGAUGAAGGAGAAUCCCAUCACCAAUUAUAAGAUGGCUCCUGGUUUCCUGGUUGAACAAGGAUAUUCCCCUUUCAUGCGCAAAGGGAUUGCUGGUGACUGGAAGAAUCACUUUACUGUGGCCCAGAAUGAGAGGUUCAAUGCAGACUAUGAGGGGAAGAUGGCUGGGACCACCCUGUGGUUCCCAACAGAGGUCUGAUAUACCUGGAGUCUCUGUGUCAGGAUGCUAAACCAAACCAGAGCUACAUGGGACUUUCUGUGACACCAAUUUUUCUUUUUCCUCCUCCUUCCUUGAAAAACCAAAGGUCAGACUGUAGGAAAUGUCUCCAUCCCAGUGGUAGGCAGCAAUAUGUUGUGACUCGGGGAAAUGGGAAUUUCUUUGAAGAGUCUGGGAUUCUUUUAGAAUAUCCUAAGUAGGAGUAGGAGUAUGAGUAGGCUCAUACUCUAGUUAGCUGCCAUACAAAUACACCUUAUUUUACCUCACCCCUUGUUGAUUGCUGGACUGUAUCCUGGCCAGCCUCACUUUGGGCAUGGACCUAGGCUUUGGGUAUGGUGAUGAACAGGGAUCCUGGUUUUCUCUGUUUAAAAAAAAAAUCCCCAAUUUUCAGUUAUAAAAGUAACCCCAAAUCCACAUUUUUCCAUGAUUAAAAUGAAACAUCACUAUAUCUAUCUAUCUAUCUAUCUAUCUAUCUAUCUAUCUAUCUAUCUAUCUAUAUGUGUGUGGUGGGGGGAGGUAUAUAGUGUGUAUGUUGGGGGGGUGUUUCAGUUAAAUCACAGAAAAAUAUGGAUUUGGGGUUAUAUUUUUUUAAUGGAAAAUUGGGGAUUUUUUCUUAAAUCAGAGAAAACCAGGAUCCCUAGUGAUGAGGUAGCCAUCACUGGGGCACAUGUGGCUGACCUCCUCACCCCUACUGUUUAUUCUGCCAAUCACCCACUUGGUCCUUCUUUACAGUUGUUACUGCAGGGUGUGUCUACACUGUAAAAUGAAGAUCCGACUGUACAUGUACUAUCUUAAUCUGAUCAGUAGGGGUAAGAACAACAGCAGUAACACAGCAACACAGACUUUAAUACCUGCUACAGCCAGAAUCACUGGAAGGCUUGUACUCUGGUUGCUACUGUGCCAGUGCCAUGGCAUCUCCCCUGCCGUUACUUGUGCCAGCUAGUACAUGCUACAACCAGACCUUCCUUUUGCUAUGUAGACAUAUCCCCAGGAUUGUCCUAUACUAGCAGUUGGAAAGCAAAUAAAGAGGCUUCCACAAAAAGGCUGGGUACAGAAGCCUGUUGUCAUUACUGGGAAGAGACCUAAGUUUCACUGAAGGACGUCACUAAACCCCCAGCGAGAUGAAGUCAAGCACUUGCUCAACAAGAUAUUGGCUGCUUGCAUUCAUCUCAGGAUUUUCUGCCCCUUCUACGCUGCACGCUCUUACUUUUCCUAGGUGGGUCAACAGGUGAAAAGGUCCUUUCUUGCAGAAGGUUCUGGAAGGGACACCACUAUACAUGCACAUACCUCAUGGUACCAAAAUUUGAUCAGGCUACAUGGGGUCAGGAAGGAGAUGAAAUUUAAACUUGGAGUGGGUGGGUGGUGGGGGUUGUGAAGAAACUAAUGUGAAUGUCAUGUGUGUAACAGCAGAAGGAACCGGGGGACAGUCUGCAGAGCUGUGCUGACUAUUAAUUUGGACUGCAACUCUCAGAAACCCCCAAGGGCUGGGGAGAAAAGGAAAAAGGAAGAGGAAGCUUGUGGCAGGAGCAAGGGGAAGAGAGCAGUGUGCUCAUGGCACUUGGGCAGCCGUAUGCAGAGGAGCGCACAGUGGAGCUGGAGAUCUCACGGGCUGGGUCAGCCAGGACAGUGGGCUGAAGCAGCUGGACUCAGACUUGGGGGCCGCUGCAGGCUGCUGUUUGAGCCCUCUAGGGACUAAAGCCUCACUUGGGGACACCUCUGAAAAUUUAACCCAGGGGAAAUUCGGGUGCUGCGUAUAUGGGCACUUUUACAUAUGCUUUGCGGUUUUGGGGGGGUGCUUUAAUUAGAGCAGCUCUGAGAGCUGCUCUAAUUAAAGCGCCACAGUGUCUUAUGUAUCAGCAUCCUUUACUGUCCAAGCCCCCAAGGUCUGGAAUAGACUGCCACUGGAGGUGAUUCAAGCACGUACUUUGAACGCCUUCAAGAGAAAAUUGGAUGUUUAUUUUGCUGGGAUCCUAUGACCCCUGCUGACUUCCUGCCCUUCGGGCGGGGGGCUGGACUCGAUAAUCUUCCGAGGUCCCUUCCAGCCUGAAUGUCUAUGAAAUCUAUGAAAUCCUAACGUUUCAAAAUGGUGGUGGUGGUGCUUGAACUAAAGCUCGUUUGAUGCACUUUAGUUAAAGCACUCCCAACACCAUUUUGACGUGCAGGGAUGCUGAUACACGAAAUGCGGAGGCUGGCUUUAGUGUGGUAAUUACCACGCCACAGCAGACUUGAUUAAUUGAGUCUACUCUGACACACUGUAAUUACAGCACAUCGAAGCAGCCUCACAGCACAUCUACAGGCACUCUUUGUUACCAAGUACUAAUGUUUCUUUACCUUUGACAUGUUCCCUCCCUGUGGCCCCUUGGCUUGUGACCCUAACCCCUUGUUAUAUGAAAUUUUAUUGCCUUACCAGCACUUUCUAUGUAGAUGCAAACAAAUUCCUGUCAGUAAAACAAUGUAGCAUACACCAGGACCAUACGGCCAUAUAAUGCUCUAAAGCCUACAUCCGGUAGAUCCUUGUACCUGUUACACAGGCAUGGGCAUGGUGUGGGUUUUCAGUAGUGGAUCUACCUAAAUCAUGGGGGGACUUUUCAUGGUUCGAUCAUGGCAUAAAGUUCUAAUUCUAUGGUCAUUUUGUGGCAGCCCUGCCCCUUAGCGCUGAUCAGUGGAGAGGCCCAAACGGGAAGGAGGGAUGAGGAGGCAGCCACUGUCUUGAAUGCUGGCUGCCCUUGGUGGAGCCCCAUUACUGAACCCUGGAGAGGUCAUAGUGUGAAAGGAGGGGUGAGAAGCCAUCAGUCAACUUGUCUGCUGCCUUUCAUUACACCCUGCCAGCCAGCACCUUCCCUUCCAAGCAGUGAGGACAGCUGGCUCCCACUGGUGAGCCAGUUUUUUAUUUUUAUGAAGAUAGAUAGAUAGAUAGAUAGAUAGAUAGAUAGAUAGAUAGAUAGAUAGAUAGACCCAUUUUUCAAAACAGGUAGCAUAUUCCAUUUCCCCACCAGAGGAAAUCAUACCAGUGCUGAUAUCUAUCUAUCUAUCUAUCUAUCUAUCUAUCUAUCUAUCUAUCUAUCUAUCUAUCUCUUUUUGGACAUGAGAGUGAAGUGUGCCACCAACUUUAAUCCAGAAAAAAAGUGUGCUCCAGGUAUCAAAAGUUUGGGAAAUAUUGUAAUAAAUACUUAAAUGAUCUUUGUGCCUCACAUUCAUUUCCCAUGGUACACAUGCACUUGACUUCAUUAUGGGAAUGAUGCUGACAGUGUCUAAAGAAUACUUAUUUAUUUAUGUAAAAAAUUAAAGUGUAAAGAAAUUAAUAGACUUUGCAGUUGUAGGAGGGUACGGAUCCUAACUGGAGGUUGAUUUCUAGAUAGCUCAGUGAUUCUCAACCAGGGUGCUGCAGCACUCCAAUGUACCUUGAAAUCCUGUCAAGGGUGCUGUGGGGUGCCAGCACUGUUAGGUGUACAAACAUGUGUAACCCGGGUGGUACUCCAAGAGGUACCCCCUCUCCAAUUGAAGGGAUCAGAGCAGCACAAGCGCUGUGGAUGUGUAGGGACACUCCUGCUCCUAUAGAGCAGAGUCAGAUCACGAAUGGGGACUGAACCAUAUACCUUUUAAUGAGAGAACAGUACUUGGAACAUAACAGACAUAAACCAGGAGGUAUAGGGGACACUACAAUGCCCCAAGGGGCAGGAUUCAACAAAGGUUAGCUUUACUUAUUACUUCAUCACGCUGGUGACUCGUGUUCAUUUUGGAGUUGACUACAACUCCAAGAUCCCUCUCCUCAGUAUGGUAUCUCCCAGGCUAUAGCAGUGUUGAUGAUUCUUCCUCCCUGGGUGCAACACAUAGCACUUAUCUUUGUUAAACUAUGUCCUAUUCUGUUCCCCCCAUUUCCCCAGCCUGUCAUCUAGUUUGCAUGCCUCCCCACAUAGUUUGGUGUUUUCUGCAAACUUGGACAGAGUGCUUUCUAUUCCCUCAUCCAAGUCACUGAUGAAGAUAUUGAACAGUACCAGCACCAGGACAGAGUCUUGUGGGACUUCACUACCUACGUUUCUCCAGGUCAAAACCAACCAGUCCACUACCACUCUCUGGGUGAGUUCCAUAAGCCAAUUGAAAAGUUGGGCUCAUCCAGGAUUUGAACCUGGGACCUCUCACACCCAAAGUGAGAAUCAUAUCUCUAGACCAACAA